CAAACCAGUGUAUUAGUCACAAAACUUGAUCAAACGACACGUAAAACAGGUUUAUUUUAAAAACAUAUUUCAAAAUUGUGUUUAGCCUCACACUCCAUUCAACCACGUUCUCUUACAUAUCGCUUUAUCUCGCGGACCGCAAUAAUUUACCAAGCCAUGGACGAAGAAAAGAUGGAACUACUGAAUGCCCCAAAGACUGUCACCUUCAAAAAGCAGGCACAUCGGUCUAAACUGAGUCGCUUCUGUUCUAUCAAUCGCUCUACAUUACGGUACAAAGUGUUCUAUUUCGCCCAGCAACUUUCUGCGGCGACGAUUCUCACUUUCAUGUCCGUGUUUUUUCGCUACAUGGGAAUGAGUGCGACCCAAACGGGUGUCCUUAUCGGCCUACGACCUUUCGUUCGUCUACUCGCCGCACCAAUGUGGGGAAUAAUCGCUGACAAAACUGGAAGGUAUCGGUGUAUUUUACUUAUGAACAUAGUGUUAAGCGUAAUAAUCUACUUCUCAUUGACCGGGGUGCUUGCUGUUCACGAGUAUGACACCGCAAGAAUGAAUGUCACGCAACCUGUUAGUCCGACUAAAGGUCACAACACUACAGCUUUGAUGGAUGGCGUAUUAGAAGCCAGCAAAUACCACCCUUAUCUAACUAAUAGUCAGACAUUUUGGCUGUUACUGGUUAUUGUACUGUGUGGAGAUGUUUUCUAUGCGCCUAUUUUACCUGUCAUGGAUGCAACCGUCACAUACUGGGAAGGCAGCCAAAAUUUUGGCAAGCAAAGAAUGUUUGAUGCGCUUGGAUUUUCCCUGGGCUCUUUGCUGUCUGGGCUUGCUAUGGACAAAACAGCUGGCAUGGACUAUUUUGGAAUCGGCAACAAUGGUGUCUCAUCUUGGACGCCAAACUACAUGACGUCAUUUUUCAUGUACUUAGGAGGUGGUAUCUUCAUGAUUUCUGUGACAUCUAUCAUGAAGUUUAAUGUCAUCAUGAAGGAAAGGAACGAGUUUCCUUUGGAUCAGUUGAAGAAUCUGCUUAAGUCUGGUCCAGUGCUUGUCUUCCUGGUAGUAGCAGUUCUUCUUGGACUGAUCAAUUCGGCCGCUACAUGGUAUGUCUACUGGUUUGUCCAAGACUUGGGAGGAACACAGUUCAACGUGGGCUUGACGGAGACCAUCAUGUCACUCUCGCAGGCUUUUUUCUACUAUCCAGGAAAUGUGCUAGAGGGUAGAAUUGGCAUCACCUGGUUUAUGGCUUUAGUAUGCAUUGUAUAUGGUAUCCAAUUGGUGAUUUAUUCCUUUAUGCAUUCUCCUUGGCUCAUACUUCUAGUUGAAAUUCCCCAUGGCUUCACUUACUGUGCUAUGCAGAUCAUUUGUACCACCUACGCCUCUGCAACCGCACCCAAAGGCCUCUCUGCGACCCUCCAGACCGUUGUCUACUCCACACAUUUUGGGCUUGGCUGGUGUCUUGGCUCCUUUAUUGGUGGACACUGCUAUGAGAAGUAUGGGGCGAGGAAUCUCUUCCGUGGAUUGGCUGUUGCCUGUGUGGUAAUGCUCUUUCCAAUUGCUAUACUGCGAGUCUUGAUCAAGAAACGUGCUAAGAGUGGGGAACAGGUUUUCAUUACUGAUGCAGUCAGGACGGUGGAGUAUGAGUACAUUCGAGGAGACUACAGCAGGUCAAGCUAUGUUCGUUAAGGAUCUUAAAGCCGCAUUGUCACCAGUUAACUUCCGGAGGUCCGACUGAAACCUCAACCGUUGAAAGACAAAAGAAUCUAUUAAAAUCUGAGAUAUUAACAGGCCAUCCGCUCUAAGUUAUCAAUCAGAUCCUCAAAGAAACUUCCAAUAAACACACUGCUUUCAAUAUUUUGAAAUAUUUUUUGCGUUUUCCGUUAAAAAUGACCGGAUAUUGUUACGUAAUCGACAGGAAGUAAACUGGUGACAAUGCAGCUUUAAAACCAUUUGAUUUUGGCAUAGUAUUUAUGAAUUUGAUGAUUGUUAAUCGAUAAUUUAGCGGUAAUAUAUUUUUGUGUCAUUGAGAUUAUCCCAUGGUACCAUAUUAGGCUUACCUGGUUUUCAAAUGAUUUUGAGCUGUGCGAAAGAUCUACAACAAAUUCUGGUCACUGAAAACCAACUAAUAUAAAUAUUAUAUAUAAACCUGUAUUUUUGUUGUCAUGCAAUUCAAAAGGUCAGAGAAGAAAAAUAGAAUACCAAAAAGUAUUAUGUUUAUGUAAUAAUUUUGAUUGUGUCAAUCUUGUUGUUACUAAUAAAAAAGUAACAUUUG